CCAUGAACUUCUAGCUUGUAACACAGUGCCUCAAGCAACUACACUACUGCAUGCCCCUGAUGUGGGAGUAGUCAUGUACUAAUCUGAUGUUCCAUCCUGGCAUUUAUUUGGAGGCACUAAAACCACAGAACUUAUUCACUCUCCAAACAAAAAUAUAAAAUACCCUCCUGAAUAUGAAGCAGGGGUGUUACCAACAGCAUUUUUGGUGUUAUAACAAAUAAUCUCAUUUACAUUUGAGGUUCUCAUGUCAGAGACUAUUAAGAUUAUUAUCUUCUGGGAUUUGAUGCCGUGUAGUCUGAUAGACCUUCACUCUGAUGAGGACAUGUUCCUCCAAAAUGUAAGUGAACAUGUACCAGACUGCUUUGUGUCACAUCUCAUAACACAGUAAUCUUUACAAUUAUCCCAGAGACAUUGCAGAUGACUGAAUCAUAGCCAUCCAUCCCAAUGACUCAGCUGUCUGUCAAUAUUUAUAAUAAAACUGAACAGACUCCUAGGUACAGGAUCUUCCUUGAAAGCUGAUAAUCGCUCAGCUGAUCAAUAAAUUUCCUGCUUUUAUAGAACCCAAAUGUUCAUUACUGUGUUCACAUUCAAGCAUAUCCUGUAUAAUUUCCAUUGAGUCUACACCUUCAUACCCUAUUUAUUUUUGAUACAUUUUAUUAUUAUUAUUUUCCCAUCUAUGCCUAGGUCUACUCAGUUGUUUCUUUCUUUCAAGUUUUUCAAUCAAACUUUUGCAUAUAUUUCUCAAUUUUCCAAGAAAUUCUAUGUGUCCUGUACAUCUCGGCCUCAUGAAUAAAAACCGAAUCUUUCACACAUUGUAAUACAACAUUUCAAAAUCUUACAUUAAACAGAUUCAGUCCAAUUGCUGUUAAAUGAUACAGGAAGUGAAGAAAAUGAUGUCCUCCCAUGAAAAGACAUUUAUAUCAAUAAAUUAAGACCACAGACACACAGUAAACUUGCCCCUAUACUUAACCAGGUACCAUGGCAUGGAGACAUAUGGGAGAGUGGAGGUAAAGCUCCUCACACUUAGCACUGCAUGCGAGAUGAUCAGCCAGCCUCAUGCCUCAACCACUUUGCCCUGAGAAAAGUGUCCCAAGUAUUCAUUGGUUACGAGGAUCAGUGGGUCCAAAAACCGAACUUAAUUCAUCAUGCUAUGAAAAUAUAUAGGACAGCAGAGGUAUAACUCCACAAAUUCUUAACCUCAGCACUUGGGGGGAAGUGGACUUGAAGGUGGAUGGAUGGGUUCAGAUGGAGGUAGUGGUGAAGAGAAAAGUCUCUGCCCCUGUCAGAAAUGUAACCUCAGUUGUCCAGCCUGUAGUCUAGUCACUAUACUAAAUGAGCUACACAGACUCCAGAGACCAGAAAACCUAGCCACAGAAGUUGGCUUGAUAUUGUCUUGUGGUGUACUCAUGUUGUGAAGAAGAAAGUGAAAGACAGAUAUGGCCUUGAUAGUGUAAACUGUACCGGAUCACUGUGACUCAGAAUCUUGGACAGAGAGAUGUAGUGCAGUGACCAGUGUCUGGGGGAACAUGUGCAAAGACAGCAGCAGCCAUGAAGUGGCAGCUGAAAGUUGUGGUUCUAUGUGGCUCAAGCUGCCUGGCAUGCAGCUUCGCACAAGUGUAUAGCAAGCAGCAGCUCACCACAGUAUCUCGUCAACUAACAGACAGUCCAGCAUUACGGGCCUGGAUAGAGAUGUUUCCAAUGGCUGGUGCAUUACUUGGGUGCCUUUUAUCAUGGCUUCCUCUACAUUAUUUGGGUCGCCGAGCCACUCUGCAGCUUGUGAUGGCACCACUGCUCACUGCUGGAUGUUGCCUCAUGUUUAUGUUCCACCACGUAGCCAAAGCAGUGUCUCCUAUCCUGCUGUUGGGGGUCACCCUCCAGGGAGCUGCUCUGGGAGUCAGUUUCUCCGCUGUACCAAUCUACCUCUUGGAGAUCAUGCGUUUACCUCAAAACAUAUAUACAAACACCAAAACUGCCUCAGCCCUUAUUGUGACCACAGAGCUGUCUGCUGCCAUAGGAAACCUGCUGGCACAAAUCUUCCUCAUCUCACCCAACACUCAGUAUUUGCACCUCAUCCCAGCUACAAUCAUGACAAUGUCUGCACUUGGUCUGUGCCUCACAAGUGAAUCUCCACGAUGGCUACUACUCUUUGGGCAGAGAGUGGAACAGGCAAAGGGAUCACUUCACUUCCUGAAGGGGCACAGCAACACAUACCAUGAUAUCCAUCAGUUACUACUCUGGUUUCAAAAGGAUGAGGAACAGUUCUGUGCCACUAAGACAAACACUGCAGUUGUGAAAACAUAUCUCCGUGCAUUAUCAGUAGCAACGUGUUUGCUGAGCUUGCCAGGUGCAAGCGGUGUGCACAUACAUGACUUCUACUCAAAGUGGGUGUUCAAGUUUGCAGGUGACUUUAUUACUGAAAAAACUAUCAGUCUGUCUGUCGUGAGGGCCUCUAUACGAGUUGUUGCAGUAGGCAUUGCAUCAGGAAUGCUUUUUGUGGCAGGCAGAAGUACAUUCCAAUGUCUCUCUCUCAUCACCUCAACUGCAAUGAUAUCUAUAGCACUUUGUGCCACAGGGAUGUGCCUCUUUUGUCUGGAACAAGGUGAGAAUUGGAUGUGGGCAGUGCCAUGGUUGCCACUAGUGAUACACCUCUUAUUUCAAACUGUGUUUUGGUUUGGAGUUGGGUCCCAAGCUUUUAUUACUGCCUUUCAUUUCACUCCAACACCUCUCCGUCCCUCAAUCAUCAGCCUCACAGGGGGACUUCACUGGUUACUGGAAAUAACUGCUGACAAAUUUCUAGUGUUCAUGAUAGACACAAUCCAUCCAUUUGGAACAUUCUGGUUUUAUGCUGGAACAUCAGCCACUGGACUGAUUCUUACUGUCUUUGUGGUAGUCCCAGAGAUCAACAGGCAUGGACCCAGAACAAACGUGACAUGCGAUGAUGUCACAGACGUGCUGUAAA